GCGGGAAGGGAACCGGAGACACAACAAACAUGGCGGCGGCGGUGACGAAGACGGCGGGGGCAACAGCAACGGCAGCGGCAUUGAACAAGGCGGUGGGGGUUCCUCGGUGCGACUGUCAGGCGGUAUAACGAACUGUAAACUCCAGAAACAUUUAUAUAUAUAUAUACAUAUAUAUAUAUAUCAAACACAAAGAUGGGUGAGAAGAAACCGGAGCCUUUGGACUUUGUGAAAGAUUUCCAGGAAUACCUAACUCAGCAGACCCAUCAUGUCAACAUGAUUUCUGGAUCAGUUAGUGGGGACAAAGAAGCAGAGGCUCUUCAGGGAGCUGGAACAGAUGGUGAUCAAAAUGGACUUGAUCAUCCAUCUGUUGAAGUUUCCCUGGAUGAAAACUCAGGAAUGUUAGUAGACGGGUUUGAAAGGACCUUUGAUGGAAAGCUCAAGUGUCGGUACUGCAACUAUGCCAGCAAAGGCACCGCCCGGCUCAUUGAACACAUUAGAAUUCACACAGGUGAGAAACCUCAUCGAUGUCACUUGUGUCCAUUUGCAUCUGCCUAUGAGCGUCAUCUGGAAGCCCACAUGCGUUCCCAUACAGGAGAAAAACCAUACAAAUGUGAAUUGUGUUCCUUCCGCUGCAGUGACCGAAGCAACCUGUCCCAUCAUCGAAGGCGCAAGCAUAAAAUGGUACCAAUUAAAGGUACUAGGUCUUCCUUAAGCAGCAAGAAAAUGUGGGGGGUUUUACAGAAGAAAACUAGCAACCUGAACUAUAGCAGAAGAGCACUCAUCAACUUAAGCCCACCUUCCAUGGUGGUUCAGAAGCCAGACUACCUUAAUGAUUUUACCCAUGAAAUCCCAAAUAUCCAAACUGACUCCUAUGAAAGUAUGGCGAAAACCACACCAACUGGAGGCCUGCCAAGAGACCCCCAAGAACUCAUGGUCGACAACCCUUUAAACCAGCUCUCAACUCUAGCCGGACAGCUGUCCAGUUUGCCACCUGAAAACCAAAAUCCCGCAUCCCCUGAUGUAGUUCCCUGCGCCGAGGAGAAGCCCUUCAUGAUGCAGCAGCCCUCUGCCCAGGCAGUAGUUUCUGCCGUGUCAGCAAGUCUUCCUCAGAGCUCCUCUCCCACCAGCCCCGAGCCUCGGCCGUCACACGGUCAAAGGAACUACAGUCCGGUGGCAGGGCCGAGCAGUGAACCAAGUGCCCACACGAGUACUCCGAGCAUGGGAAACAGCCAGCCGAGCACGCCAGCCCCCACCCUGCCAGUCCAGGACCCGCAGCUUCUCCACCACUGCCAGCACUGUGACAUGUACUUUGCCGACAAUAUCCUUUACACUAUUCACAUGGGAUGUCAUGGGUAUGAAAAUCCUUUUCAGUGUAACAUAUGUGGAUGCAAAUGUAAAAACAAGUAUGAUUUUGCCUGUCAUUUUGCAAGAGGGCAGCAUAACCAACACUGAAACAAUCACGCUAUGCUUUCGUUGCUUUGCCUUCUUGUGUUUUGUAGUUUACUGUUGUUUUUUGCGGGGGAGGGCUGGGGUCGUGUCAUCCCUAAUAAGGUGUCUGCUAAUUUAAAGUUCCAUACAUAUAGAGUAUAAGUUUGACAGUGGAAACAAAAUGUCUGUUUUCUUUUUUUCAUAGAUGCCUCGUCAGGGUCAUUUAUGUAUUAGAAGAGUUGGACACAUUGGUGUUUUAAUUUUUUUUCCUUUCAUUUAGACAUUUGAGAAUUUGAGUGCAAUCAUAAUCUUACAAGUGGUUAUUUAAAUUUCUCACAUUUACAGUCCAUAAAAACGUCAAGGCUGAUGGAUACUCUUGGUAUUUCAACAUCUGAAUUACAGCUAGAUGUUAUUUCUGCCAUACUUUCAAAAUGGUAGAAUAAAUUACUUUCUCUUUCAAAAUCUAUUCCAACUUAUUUCAAUGUUUUGUAGAGGAAUUGCCUUUGAAAUUGCCCUUAAUUAAAAAUUAGUUAACAUAGCUUAGUUGAAUCAAUAGUUUAAUUUCAACUGGUAAUAGUAAAGCAGUAUCAGUGUAGUAAAUCUUUCUUUUUUCCAUAAGGGCAAAUGUAGAACAUUUAAUUCCUUUAAAAUUAAAGUUAUAAAAAUAUGAGGUAAAAGUUCUGAAAAGAAAUGAAACUUUAAGACUGUAAAUUGAAAAUGGAGUUUAAUAUUUAAAAUACCUGCUUAUUCAGUUUCUAGUUUAAAUAUAGCAGUUUUCCAUUGUAUUCUUGUUUAUUGUAAUUUAUUUAAAAAACUACCAUUAAGUACUCGAGAAACCCUAGAAAUAUCAGAGGGUUAUCUAUGAAGAUGCCUUUUUUUCUUUUAAUUUGAAUUUUUCAUUUAAAUCUUCACUCUGAUGUUACACAUGAGUUUUACAGCCAAGCUGAGAAUAUGUUAUUCCUUCCAUUCCUUUGAUGACCAAAGAGGUACAGUGGAAGUCAUCCAUCUUAUUCCUAGGAAAUGUGGUCCUUCCAAAAAAAAAAAUCUUAAGUUUCCUUUUCCUGCUUGCUAUCCAUUUAUUGCCCAUAGUUUUCAAGAAAAGGUAGAUACAGAAACACUUGGGAAAAUGUGAUGGUGAAGUAGCAUUUACAAAAAUGAGAACAUAUGUCCACAACAAAUUCUGUUCUCUUCAGAAUUGGCCAUUUAAGAUAUUUUCUGUGAAUUCAAGUUAUAACACUUAUUUGCAGUUUUACCAGUCUUUCAUGUAUGGCAAGAAAACUAUAUGAAAACUGUGAACUGAAUCAUCGCCUUAGUAGAAGAGGAUAUAGAUAUAAAAAUGCAUUUAAACCUAUUUGUUUACAAAAAUAAAACUUGCUAUAUAAAUCUAGAAUAAUUUUGAAUAGGAGGCUGUUGUUUUUAUAUUGUGUAAUAACUAGCUUACUCUGAGGACAGCUUGGUCAAACAAUAAAAUAUAUUGUUACUAACUGUUGGUUUCUGUGUAUUUUGCAAAAUUUUUGUUUUUAAUUUGGUUCAAAUCUUGAAAGUGUUAUUAAUUGGCUUCUUAAAGCAAACAUUUCAAUUAUUAAGCAUUAACUAAAAAGGACUUGUACUAUUAAAGUAAGUGAAAGGGAAAUAUUGGUGGUAUCUGUCCACAAAAACCCCCAAGUGCCAAGUUAAUCAAUCUUUUGCCCUCUCUUCCAAAUACUACAAAGCCAUUAAAUUGAGUUCUUGUGGUUUAAUCUAAUCUCCACUGCACUAUGGAAAGAGCAGCACUGAGGAGUUUCUCUAGACAGCUCUUCCUGUCAGCCUGAGGCCUGUGAAUCUCAAGUCUGCAGUCUCUUCUGCUCUGUCGCUUGGAGCUCUUGCUCCUUGGAUCAGUUUUAGAGCAGCCUUUUCCAAAUGUGUAACUUGACCCUCGUAUGUAUAUACUGUCAGAAACAGGGUGCUGUCAUUUGGACACUUUUGCAUUUAUUUUUUUCUUCUAUUGUAUUCUUCAUAUAAAAGCAAUACCACAAAAUAGGAAAUGGAAGUUUUCAUUAAACAAAAAGGAAGAACUCUAAUGUUAAAACCAGUUUAUUAACUGUAUAUUCUGGGCCAAAUAGUGACAAAUGUGGUUUCUUUUUUUCUGACAAUUAAAGAUGCUUUGAAAGAGCAUUUUAGUUCCAAUAAUUUUUUCAUAAUUCAAACUAGAAUGUAUAAUGUUAAAAUUACUAUGACUUAAAGAGCAUAGUUGUAUUCCAAAGGUAUCAAUGCUUGAAAGCUACAGUUAAUUCUAAAUGCACUAAUGUUUUUGAAGCAAAUCUACCUUAGAAACUUUUUUAGUAUUGUAUUUUUUAAAAUAUGUAGGAUUUUAUUUAAAUUUUUUGAGAAAUUCUGUAUUGAAAAGAUAUUAUCUUCCAUUAAGUAUUGAAUAUGUUUCUCCCAUUUUAUUUUUAAUCAUAUAUUUUAUAGAAAUGAGUUGAGAAAAGUUUAACAUGCACUAUUUAUAAUACUUUGCUGAUAACAGGCAAUGUUCUGAAACUAAAUUUAUUUUUGUUCAGUGAACAUAAGUUUAGAUUUUUAAAGUUGGUAGAUAAUUUAUCUCCACUAAUAUUUUUUUAAGAAACUGUGAUGAGAUUAACAGGGAAUAAUUUUAUUUCAGAUUUUUAUUAAUAUAGUAUGUAGCUACAACUUCUUGAAACUCAAGUAAAGGCUAGACUUUUACUUUGAAAAAAUUUAAUUGGAUAUUUUCCAGUGCUAUCUUAUUUUAGAAAUGUGUUUGCCAUUCAUCUGCAGAACUGUUUGACAAAGGGAAUAUUACCUUAAAAAAUGUCCAGAGAUAAACUCAUUUAAGGUCUACAAAAAUAUUUAUCAAAUGGAUGUAUUAUUUAAAAAAAAAUUCCCUGCUAAGGACUUUUCAUUAAGUAGUCUUAGAGGAUAUAUGAUUUCUAGAACGUGGUUUCAUUAAUAUGUACUUUGAUGUAAAGAACGUAUUUUGUAUGUAAAAUAUAAAACUUGAGUAUGGUUGCAGAACACACUAUAUUGUUUAGGGAUUCCAGACAGCAGUUUAAUGCUGAAAUAACUCUAUCUAGUAUGUAGUUCAUAUUGUGAAUGAAGCUUUGCUUUUGUAAUGUAUGAAUAAAAAAAUCACACUUUCUAA